AUGGCCGACAAUUUGACCUCGCAGGUUCGGGGCUUUGGCGAAAUCACUGAGGCUGCCAUGAUCUCGGGCUUGCGGGACAGCGUUCAACGCAAUACUGCGGCCCGCGAGGCUGCGGAGCUGGCAAACCGGAGUAAAUCCGAGUUUCUUGCAAACACAAGUCACGAGAUUAGAACACCGAUAAACGGUAGCAUCGGGCUGACGACUCUGCUUUUGGAUACCGAAGGGCUCCCAGCAACUGUCCGGGAAACACUGAACAUGGUCCAUGCGAUGCUUGGGGACCGGGAGAAGUGUCUUGCGGCCGGCAUGGAUGACUACGUGAGCAUACCUCUCAAUCAAAGUCUGUUGAUUGAGACAAUCGCGAAAUUUUCGGCCACAAAAUUCAGCGCAUAA